GGGCAUAACAAAAUCCGCUGAAGCGACUGCACCGAACGUAAAACUUCAUCCAAACGACACUCCCUCCAGGCUCUUACGGAACCCGGAAACUACCCACACUGGAAGUACGAGGACUUCUUCAUGGCAGCCUCGGAGGACCAAGCGCAGGCCAAUACAUCCAAUACACACGCCAGUGGUUCUGCGACAGAAAGUAACGAUCCCGAUUUGAGCAAGGUUACACCGCAGAUGCUCCAGGAAGCCGAACGGGAACUUUCCGAACUAUUAAGUCGAAAAAAGGCUGUGGACAAAGCUCUCAUGGACUUGGAGAGGAAAAUAUAUCUCUUUGAAGGGUCGUAUCUGGAGGACACGAGCCAAUAUGGAAACAUUAUUAGAGGCUUUGAUGGCUACUUGAAUAGUUCAAGUACCAAGAAGAGGCAGAAGCUGGUAGAAGAAGAUAGGUUGUUUUCAAGGAGUAGCGUGACAUAUCCAAAGGCAUUGGAGAUGAAAGAACGAGCCAGUAGGGAAGAUACUACGGAAGAAGGGGAUACCCAUGCGUCCGCAUCCUAUCGAACGACGCCAACACCGGCGUCAGGUCGAAUAGAUAAAUUCAAGAAAUCGUCGUUGAAAAAAAGAAAGUCGUCUAUGGGUGGGGAAAUGGAGACACCAACAGCUGCACAACGGAAAAAGAAGGUUAGAGUGCCAGAUGACGACGACUGAUGCGAUACGCAUUCCUGUGGAAUUUGAAUUUUGGGGAGAGUAGAUUUUGUGUAUAUUGGCGAUAUGGUGGGCUUGUUUUGCUUCUGUAAAUAAGGAUUGUAGGGCAGUACUUGCCACAAUGGGUCUGGUGCCUCGAUACGUAAAUAAAUUAUAAUACUGCUAUA